AAGGUUUAGUCUGCAAGAAUGGCUACUAAUGCUACAAAAGCAUGUCCUGCUCCGAUGAAAGCAACCUCUAAUGGAGUUUUCCAAGGAGAUAACCCUAUAGACUUUGCGUUACCUCUUGCGAUUCUGCAGAUAGUUAUCGUUAUUGUUCUCACUCGUGUUCUUGCUUACAUUUUAAGACCUUUGAGGCAGCCUCGUGUUAUUGCAGAAGUUAUUGGUGGGAUUAUGCUUGGACCUUCUCUUCUUGGCCGUUCCAAGGUCUUUCUUGACGCUGUGUUCCCGAAGAAAAGCUUGACUGUUCUAGAAACUUUGGCUAAUCUUGGCCUUCUCUUCUUCCUGUUCCUUGCCGGUCUAGAGAUUGAUACCAAAGCCCUUCGUCACACUGGGAAAAAGGCUUUGGGAAUUGCCCUGGCUGGAAUAACCCUCCCGUUUGCUCUUGGCAUUGGUACUUCAUUCGUUUUAAAAGCAACAAUCUCCAAAGGAGUGGAUAGUACCGCUUUUCUCGUCUUCAUGGGUGUGGCACUCUCCAUCACUGCAUUCCCUGUGUUGGCCCGUAUCUUAGCUGAGCUAAAGCUUCUAACCACUGAAAUAGGACGACUUGCUAUGUCGGCAGCUGCUGUUAACGAUGUGGCAGCUUGGAUUCUCCUUGCUCUAGCCAUUGCUCUCUCGGGAUCCAAUACCUCUCCCCUUGUCUCUCUCUGGGUUUUCCUUUCCGGGUGUGCUUUUGUUAUCGGUGCUGCUUUUAUCAUUCCGCCAAUCUUUAGAUGGAUUGCCCGGAGGUGCCACGAGGGAGAACCCAUCGAAGAAACCUACAUCUGCGCCACUUUGGCUGUAGUUCUUGUUUGUGGCUUCAUAACUGAUGCCAUUGGAAUCCAUUCUAUGUUUGGUGCCUUUGUGGUGGGAGUUUUAAUCCCAAAGGAAGGACCUUUUGCUGGUGCACUCGUUGAGAAGGUGGAAGAUCUUGUAUCCGGUCUCUUCCUGCCGCUUUACUUUGUGGCAAGUGGUCUGAAAACUAAUGUGGCCACAAUUCAAGGAGCUCAGUCUUGGGGUCUUCUGGUUUUAGUCACCUUGACGGCUUGUUUCGGUAAGAUAUUGGGCACUCUCGGUGUUUCCCUCGCCUUCAAGAUACCUAUGCGAGAAGCUAUAACAUUAGGAUUCCUCAUGAACACUAAAGGAUUGGUUGAACUCAUCGUCCUCAACAUCGGAAAAGAUCGAAAGGUUCUCAACGAUCAGACAUUUGCCAUAAUGGUUCUAAUGGCUCUCUUCACAACCUUCAUCACCACACCAGUCGUAAUGGCAGUUUACAAACCGGCGAGAAGAGCUAAGAAAGAAGGAGAAUACAAACACAGGACGGUAGAACGAGAGAACACAAACUCACAGCUUCGAAUCCUCACAUGUUUCCAUGGCGCCGGAAGCAUUCCUUCAAUGAUAAACCUCCUCGAAGCCUCAAGAGGAAUCGAAAAAGGCGAAGGACUCUGCGUAUACGCUCUCCACUUACGGGAACUAUCAGAGAGAUCAUCAGCUAUUCUAAUGGUUCAUAAAGUUCGUAAAAACGGAAUGCCAUUUUGGAACCGCAGAGGUGUCAACGCACACGCAGAUCAAGUAGUAGUUGCAUUCCAAGCUUUUCAACAACUAAGCAGAGUCAAUGUCCGACCAAUGACAGCAAUCUCUUCAAUGUCUGAUAUUCAUGAAGAUAUAUGCACAACAGCUGCAAGAAAAAAAGCAGCCAUUGUGAUUCUUCCGUUUCACAAGCAUCAACAGCUCGAUGGUUCGUUAGAGACUACACGUGGCGAUUACCGUUGGGUUAACCGGAGAGUUUUGCUUGAAGCUCCUUGCUCAGUUGGUAUAUUCGUUGACCGUGGACUCGGUGGUUCGAGUCAAGUCUCAGCUCAAGACGUUUCUUACUCUGUUGUUGUUCUGUUCUUCGGUGGUCGUGAUGAUCGUGAAGCAUUGGCUUAUGGAUUACGUAUGGCGGAGCAUCCAGGAAUUGCUUUGACUGUUUUCCGAUUUGUGGUAUCGCCGGAGAGAGUCGGAGAGAUUGUUAACGUUGAAGUGAGUAACACUAACAACGAGAGUCAGAGUGUGAAGAAUCUGAAAUCGGAUGAGGAGAUUAUAUCUGAGAUAAGGAAGAUAUCGUCGGCGGAUGAGUCGAUUAAGUUCGUGGAGAAGAGGAUUGAAAACGCCGCCGCGGAUGUUAGAUCGGCGAUUGAGGAAGUACGGCGGAGCAAUUUGUUUUUAGUUGGUCGAAUGCCAGGUGGAGAAAUUGCAUUGGCUAUUAGGGAAAACAGUGAAUGUCCGGAGCUUGGACCUGUUGGAAGUUUGUUGAUUUCGCCGGAAUCUUCGACAAAAGCAUCGGUUUUGGUGAUUCAGCAGUAUAACGGCACCGGAACAGCUCCGGAUUUGGCUUCAGCUGGGACGGAGGUAUUGACUUCAACGGAUAAAGACUCUGAUUGAAUCCAUUGGUUAACGAGAACGGUUCGGUUUGGGUCGGGUCAGGGGUUGGUUUACCAUAGUUAGUGAAAAGUUGGUUAACGAGUACGGUUUAAUCUGACUGGACUUGGUUUUUACUGUUUCAUUUUUUUUUUGUCAGUCACUGUUUCAUCUUUUUAAGUUUUUUGCUUUUGAAAAUAAAUGGUUAAAUUUGUU